GAGCGAGCGCUCCGAGGGCACUAUCCAUGACAUCCCAGAGGACAGUCAGCGGAAGUGGAGAGGGAUUCAUGCCUCGCUUGCACCGGCCGACCAAUCUGGAUUCCUCAACGCCGCUUCCAACAUGCUAGAGCCGGGUACGAGCCUGGUCGUCAAGUUCGGCUCCACGGAAGAUAACGGCUUCAAAGGGAAUGUCACUACAACACCCUUAGAGGUCUCAAUCGCCGAUGACGGCAGAUUCAUUGGCGGGGAUGAGGAUGUAGCAAAUUACCUCGUUUUGCAACUGCUAGAUUUACCUGCAGACAAGCGCUGUGUGCGGGUACGCGCUUCGGCCCUUGACGAUCCGGCCUACAGGCUCGACCACCCGAACAGCUAUGUCAGACUUCGCGAACAUGUCAGGCGAUAUGAGCGGGCCCUCAAUUUUCUUGUCUGCGGAGGCGUGCACUACUACUGGGAGCAGGAGGCCUCUAACUUAAUCAAAGCCGUGAUUGAGUUGCGCGGCCUCGCCUUACCAAGCAACGAAGACUACGAAUCGUGGUUCGCUUGGCCUACACGGAAGCCAGAUCAGGUAUUGAGGGUUCGUUUCUCGAAGCAGAUUGGGGACUUCGUGCGAACAGGGUACUAUGAAGACGACUGGAGCGCAUUUCCCCGUAAGAAAGGCAUGCCAGAAGACCACCCGAUCUGGCUGAAACACAUUUCCCCUAGGAUUGUGUGGGAGCGAGUGGCGCCAGCAGCUGCGCUCAUGGCUGUGGGGGAAGACAGCAGGAAUCAUACGCACCACAUAAAUUUGGACAACUGGGUACUCUCCCAUCGUCAACCGAGGGAUCUACAGAGGUACACGCCCAUCGCUAGCGUCUAGGCCACAUUCGCGACAUACCGGAAGGGGAAUAUCAGGGAAUAUAUCGUUUUUCUCGGCACAAUGCACUUGGAACAGUUUUUGAAUCAGACAAGGAAUCAACACCACCACCA